AUGGAAGGAAUCGAAGAGGCGCCGCGAUACGAUCUGGCGAAGUUCGUCGACAACCCUGUCGAGUUUCUCAAUGAGCACUUCACGGACGAAUGCAACUUCGCCGACAUCGACGCGCUCAUCGCUGAGGUCAAAGGAGAGAUGCGACAGCAGGAUUGCAAGCUCAUGGAGGUCAUCAACGAUAAGGCGAUCAGCAUAGAGAUGGCUCACGAACGCUUCGAAAAAUUGCAGUGCGCCACCAACGACCUCAUUGCGCAGAUGGCGGAGAUUCAGAUACCCACGAUGAGGGGCGAGCAGUCCCUCAAAAUCUUGACGGCGGACAUUCGCGCGCUUAAUCACGCGAAAAACAACAUAUGCAACACCAUCACCAACCUCAAACGCAUCCUGAUGCUAUCCACGAUGCUAGAGUCGCUGCGCGAGAAGGCCAAGAAUCGCAAGUAUAACGAGGCGGCCGGGCUGGCGGUGGUUGUGCGCGAGCUCUAUCAGCUUGUGACGCCCCUGCGCGAGGCGCCGCCAGUUGUCAGGUUGCUCACGGCGUGCAAAACCGUUAUGAACAACCUCAAGCAGCAGAUCACGGAGGACCUGGAGGUCAUGCUCGCACUCAGCACAACGCAGAAAUACAUGGACACGCCUCUGGAGCUCGAGGAGGUAUGCAAGUGCGCAGAUGCCAUUGACGAGGGCAUACGCCAACACAUUGCGACGAAAUACGCGCAACACGUCACCAAGAGUUACGAGAGCAUGUUCUCCACCACCUUCGACCUGAAGACUCUCGACAACAUCAACGAGAGGUUUGCGUGGCUGCGGCGCACCAUCAACGAGUUUGACGAACUGUACGGAACAGGCGUCCCGGAGUUCUGGCGCAUUCAGGCCACCGGUGCGUGGGCGUUCUUCGAAGCCUGCCGCAGCCAGGUGGUUGCCACCCUCACGAGAUCCAAGGAGCAGUUUGACGCCAACGUCAUUCUCACCUCACUAUUAAGGUGCAAGGAGUUCGAGCAGGAGCUGGACUACCGACUCAGCAACUAUUGCGACACGCCAACCAGUGUAGAGCGGCAGGCGAUAGAGUUCCCAGAGGCAGUUCCAUCCCCCAGGCAAACAGAUGAGGCGGACACUGAGCAGCGGAAGCCGCUCAAAGGCGUCCUCAGCAGGUGCUUCGAGAACCACCUCGGCCCCUGGGUCGCCAAUGAGGAGGUGCAACUCGAUGUCCUCUACCAGAAAAUCGUCUCCAACGGGGACGAUGCCAUCAUUAUGCACGUGCUGCGUUCGGCGAAGGAGCUAUUCUCGGCGAUCAGCGUGAGGCUCAAGGCCGUCCUGGCCGUGAGCUCGGAGCAGACGCUAUUCGAGAUGAGCAUGGUGUUCCGACGCUCCAUCGGCAAGUACCAGGUGCACUUGCAGGAUAAGCUGGGGAAAGUGGAGAAGCAUGCGCCACUGCAAAAGGUCUUUAAGCAGUGCGGGUUCAUCACGGCCACCUGCGACUACGUCACCGAGAUGCUGGAGCACCUCAACGACGAGAUUGUGGAGGCGAUUGCGCCGGCGUACAAGGAGAAGGUUCACUUCAACGCGGAGAAAGAAAAAAUUAACGUCACCAAGUCCAAAGCCGUGAAGAGGCUGAUUGACGAAAGCUGCAAGUUCGCGCCCAUCACCCCCAACGUCGUUGCGCCACUCAAAAGCCUAGAGGAACGCGUCAUACAGGUUAUCACGCUUACUGUGGACCACCUGCCGUCUGGGUACCUGCACUACGUGACCAACAAGGUCACACGUGGAGCCAUGGCGCACCUGAAGACCACCAUUUUCUCGCUAGCAAGCGUCACCGAGGGAUACUGUCAGCAGCUGCUCUUGGACUCGUACAGUCUGCAAAAGCUUCUCCUCGAGACCGUGAAAACUCUGGUUGACCCACUGCCUCUGGGGUACCUUGAAGCCACGUCUUCGGAGAUGGACAAGCUGCAGACGCUCAUUAAGGUGCUCAACUCGGCAGCGUCACACACGGACGCCUUUGAAGCGCUGCUGAUCGAGAACGGAGGCACUUGCACCAAGAAGGAACUUGACCAGAUUCUCGCCAUCCACCGCAAAAAACAGCCCUUGCCGUGUCUUGGCGCGUUCGCUGUCUUGCUGGUUUUUCGCUGCGAACCGGCGGCCCAGAUCGACGUCCAUGCCACCUCCCAUCUGUUUCAGCUGGCGCGUGACGUCAGUCGGGUUCACCGCAAUCGUCUUCAGCAGGCCGAUCAUGUGGAGCAGCUCGCGGUCACUCUCGUCGCCGUCAAACUCACGGAUCAAAAUGGAGUUGCCCUCCUGCAGCGUGCAGGCCACGCGGUCGUGGUCGAGCAGGAUAACGCGGCGCAGGUCACGACCCAGCUUGCUCAGGUCCUUGAUGUACGACCCUUUGAACUUGGUGCAGCGGUCCCGGUGGAUGCAACCGAUGACGGGGAGCCCCCAACGAUUGGCAACGUCCGUCGCCACUGGGUAGGCGUCGUCGGACCACAGCACAAUCUCGUAGUAGUUGAUCAGCUCGCGGAAGAACCGGUCCGCGUAGGGGCGCUUCUUCACUUGCCACCCGGUGCGACGGUCGUACUCAAGCUUGGCCACCACCUUGUCCAGGUCGACCACAAGGGUCGGGAGGUUCGGAGGAUAGUUCAGCAGCUUCACGUCCGGUAG